AUGAAUCUCGUCGUGAUUCUCUCGGCGUCCAUCGCUCUCGGCCUCGCUGUUCUUUAUCUUCCGCUUCUGAAACUCUCUCCGCCAUUCGAUUUCCGCCUCUCCUCGUCCAAGUCGGCGAACCAAGUACCCUUUGCAGAGCUGGUGCUGAAAAAUGGCGUUAUUUUCACCAGCGACUCUUCUCUACCUUUUGCGGAUUCCAUGGCUGUGAGAAACGGAAGGAUUCUUGGGGUUGGAAACUACUCGUCGCUCCAGGGAUUGAUUGGAAACGAUACCCAGGAGUUGAAUCUUCAAGAGAAGGUUGUGGUUCCUGGGUUUAUCGAUUCUCAUGUCCAUUUCAUUCCUGGCGGAUUGCAGAUGGCACGAGUUGAGCUGCGAGGUGUUAAUCAGAAGGCAGAGUUUAUAAACAGAGUGAAAGAGGCAGUCACAAAACUACCACAGGGAUCCUGGGUUCUCUGGAGUCUGGUCAUCAGUUUGGUGUUUGAUGUCUAA